AUGCAAUCUGUAACAAUAACUCCAAUGCCAGAAUUUUGCCCAGAUGCAAAAAUCGGAACAAGCCUUUCGACAAGAUGGAACAAUUGGCAGUCAGACUUUGAAAUGUAUAUAACCGCAAGUGGAAUAACGGAUUCAAAGCGAAAACGUGCACUCUUGCUAUAUCAAGCCGGACCGAGAGUUCGUGAGAUUUUUAAACAAAUCCCCGAGACAGGAACUGAUACGGACUACGAUAUCGCGAAACAGAAUUUAAAGGCUUACUUCGACCCUCAAAAGAAUCGGCGGUACGAAGUUUAUCGUUUUCGGCAAACAACUCAAGAACACAAUGAGACAUUAGAUCAAUUUCACACCAGACUUAGAACAAUGUCAGAAACCUGUGAAUUCGCAGACGUUGAAUUUGAAAUCGAAGAACAAAUCAUUAUAGGCGGAAAUUCAUCGAAAAUACGAAAGCGAGCACUGCGUGAUCCUACAUUUGACUUAAAAUCAAUGCUUUUAGAAGGACGUCGUGACGAACAGAGCAAGUACCAAGCUCAACAAAUCGAAUCUAAAGAACAAACUGACGAUGAGGCUAAUAAAUUAGAACAAAAACCUAGUAUAAACGGUAGUAUUUCGAACAGUAGUAAUGUUAUUUGCAGAAAUUGUGGGCGUGCUUAUCCACACACAGGAGCAUGUCCAGCGAAAGGGAAAACCUGUAAUAAUUGUGGAAAACCGAAUCAUUUCGCUGCUGUUUGUCGAGGAAAACAAAAACAAACGCGAUCACCGAGAUACCCAAACAAAAAGCAUGCACAAAGAAAUUUAAAAACAUUAGAUACAGGAUCAAACUCGAGUUCCGAUGAAGACUAUUCAUAUACCAUGACAAAUACAAAGCACAAUAACAAGGUCAAUGUUAAAGUAGGCGGUGCCAAAUUUCAAACAACAAUUGACAGUGGCGCGACAAUAAAUGUGAUCGAUCGUGACACCUUUAACAAAAUGCAAGACCGUAAAAUUAACUCGCACGAACACGAAAGCUUUCGCGUAUAA